CCCAAGCCGUUGUCCGCCGGGCGGCAUCUCCACAUUCUCGUCCUUUUUCCUUGAUUCUCGCCAUCGUCACUUCCAUUCUCUUUCAUCCAACAUCAACAACAAAUAUGUGUCUAGUACAAACAGCGACAAACACAACUUACACAAUCUCCAUUUCCACAACACAUUCACCCAGGAGCUUGCGACCACCAACAAAAUGCAUCAAGCAUCCCAACCCAAGAAUACCCCUGGCCGCUCGCGACGCGGAGGUCGAAAUGGCACCCCCCAGAAAACGUACGCUUCCGAGAAUGACAUGCCCAACUACCGCCAGGUCCAGCCCGACAGCCCUUGCACACCGCAGAAGCUGGCUUCCGGCAAUGCGGCAGCUACACAGAAUGUUCAGUCAACAAACCAAAAGCAACGCAGCAAAGCCACGAACAAACCCCGAAACAAGACGGGCGCUGCGUCGCCAGGCGCUAACGUCAACAAACUGGAGCGCCAGAGUCCAUCAUUUGUAGCUCCCGCUUUCGCCGGCGCCACGUUUCACCACUCUCCUGCGCCUUCCGCUCUGCCAAUUCCGAGCUUCCUGUCACGAACUUUUUCGGCUCCGGAUUCGCCCAGUCAGCGGGCCUCGCCAGCCGAGGCUACCCAAGAACCAUCGCCGCCCACUACGGAUUCGGAAGAUGCGGGCGAGCUGAGCCCUCCCCCGAACGUACCUCGCAACGACGAUUCGCCGCUAGAAGUUUUUUUCAAGGCUCAGCGGGACGAGAAGGCGCGUACACGUCGGGCGAGCUCUGCCAACGCAGUUGUCGUUGCUCUAGGUCCUUUCUCGCCGCCCAACGAUUCGCCCCAGGCGUGCAACACGCUUCCCAAGGCAACUGCUCCAGCUCCACCUCGGCGCCCCCAAGCAUCGCGAAAUCAAUCUUCUGGAAUCUCUUCGAACGAACUUAACGGUAUACCUGGUGAGCCCCUUGGCCCGGCCUUCUCAACACCCUACCAAGACCGAAUUCGAGCUGCACGCUCGAACAACAACUCCGGUCAGGCCACUCCAACGUCCACUAGGUCAUCUGCGCAAAAGGUCGAUUUUGAUCGAAGUGAAGCCUUGAAGCGCUAUCUGUUCGCUGGAAAGCUAGGGCCUUCCCCGCAACUGCACCAACAGCAAAAGCCGCAGCCGCAGCCGCAGCACAGACAGCAACCAGUUCCUUCCCAAGACGCACACCCCAAGAUGCCGCGUGGUAUGUUUCCUGCUACGGUACUAGGAGGCAAUCCGAAUCCCCCGGCGACGCAACCCCAAUACCAAGCUGCAACGGGUCUUAGGCCCGACCAGAUGCGGACUAUGGAAGACAGUCUUCGGAAAGUCUUGAAACUGGAUUCUGUCAACUAGUUGCAGGAUCCCGAUAUUUCCUUUUGCGUUCGGCAUGGUGUUACAGGCGUUGUUCACAGUCGCAACAGGUGAGGAUCUGGGCUAGGCGUCCACGGGCGACAAAGCUCAGACUAUUUGUUUUGCUUCUUCUUCUUAUUACGGUUAUGUGGCCCUGCGUGGCUUGUACAUCGCCCUCCUAUCUAGAGUAUGGCGUUCGUUGAGCUACGAAACUCAUUGCUGGUCAUGGUUACGCAUUUCAGACAUCUAUGUCUUCUAAGAGCGCCAUCUUAGAGACG